UGAAACCUAUGGCGAGGUGCGAUAUCCUCCCUGCGAGGAACGGAGCGAGGAGCUGGAGAGGAUCCAUCGGGAGUUCAACAUGUAUCCAUCUCGGAAUAUUGGGAAUUAUCCAUCCCGUAUCCCCUAUAAGAGCAAGAAGCGACUGUUAACGGAGGGUACGGGACGGGAAGUCCUCGAAGGUGAGCCAGCCAACCAUCCCCACACAACGCACGCUGACCGGAUAGUGUUCCAUUACACGUUCCAGGUACCCGGGAAAGACAAAACGUGGGUAGUGAUAUGGGACUACAACAUCGGGCUCGUCCGAACGACGCACAUCUUCAGGGCCUGCGAUAAGCCUAAGGUGCAUGGCAUCCCAUCUUAUAGUCCACCAAAGCUAACGGGUAUAGACCGAGCCCGCGAAGGCGAUGAGACAAAACCUGGACCUAGCACGGAUCAGCUAUAGCAUCACGGGCGGCAACCUUCUCGGACAAGGAUACUGGGUGCCAUGGGAGGCCGCCAGAGAGCUCGCUGCGACCUUCUGCUGGAAGAUCCGCCACGCCCUCACCCCGGUCUUCGGUACCGACUUCCCCUCAAUUUGCAUCCCUAAGGGCCACAAAGACUUCGGUAACUAUCGCAUACCUAAGAAGGCCGUCGAGCGUGCCACGUUUCUAUCCCGGACCUUCCGCAGCAUGGAGCUGGGCUCGCAAGACAGACCGCAGUACCUUCCAACCCCAGCCCCCAGCUCCAGUCCUAGAGAUGAGGAAAGUUCCAACUCGAACGGCUUCACCGCGAUCAACACCGCCAGAAGGCGCAGCACGGAUGCCACGAGUCGCAUCACUGCCUCGCCCUCCCUGACCGACGAUAUCGACACCGGUAUGGCGACUCCGUGGACGAUGAUCGAUGACCUCGAGGCUGCCCCUGAAGAAGAUUCCGAUAGCGACGUCUAUGUCGACAUAUCGGAAGAUGACUGCUCCUCUAACGGCACGAUCGAUCCGCAUUCCCCACGGCAGAAGCUGAAGCAGAGGGGUGAAGAUCCCUCGGCGCUGUUUGAGGAACGCAGUGGGGCAGCCCGAGCGUUGCUCACGGCCAUGGAGCAUUUGCUGUUGCGCAGGGCUCCAGUGUUUAAGGCGCCAGUGACUGUUGAGGAUGUGGACGCGGCGGAUAUGUUGAUCACGAUGAGCCGGGGCCCGCGAGAAGCCGUUGAUCAUGGACGUGUGAGCGACGGCGGAUCGGAGGCUGGGGAUGAGAUGGAGGUGAAUUGAUCUAUCUGAGUAUCCUCCCCAUCUGGGUCUUUUCUAUCCCGCGAUUCACGUGUUCUCUCUUCCACCAUUACAUCCAUUACUUACCUUUUUCUCUCUUCCCUUUUAUUUCGGGUCUGCAAUUCUUGGUCGUUCUUGGUCAUUCUUGUGUUCAUUCUUGUUUUUGUUGCCCCCUUCCCCACCCUCAAUACACAAAAGCAUAUCAAGCAUCCAAAAAAAAAAAAAAAUACAGCAUGUCACCCGGCGUCUUGGUGGA